AUGAAUGCCGCAGUCUUCACCUUCCUGGGCGCGCCCGACUAUUCAUCCGUUCAAAGCUCGGUGUCGCAAUUGCUCUCUGACAUGGGGGGAGCUUCUUCGCGUCCGCCACCCCCGCCCCGCGUUGCCAAAACGUUAAGCUCGACAACGGUAUGGGUUCGCCACCUUCCUCCAAUCAUUUCAGAGAACGCACGACAGGCCAUUCACUCCGCCAUUCAGUUGCGCAAUCUGUAUCUGGCUGGGGACGACGCAAGCUCAGGACCCCGGGCUGUGGCUUCGCUGGUGGAGCACUUGAACGGGUUGGCCGAUGAGGCCCGAGAGGCUGCCAACGUCCGUGAUUAUGUUUCUCUUGUGAUUGAGUCGACAAUACUCAGCUUAACGACUGAUCUGGGUCCACCCUCGAGGAUACUGUUGGGUUUGGCACGCGCCGUGAAUCCAUUCCUCAACCACCCAGAUGAAGGGGCUGAGGCGGGGCCGAGCUCGAUUGACGAUGAGGCUUUGCCUUCCCCAUUCAGACUGUCCGAUGUGACACUGAUUGACGACACGGAGAAGGACCUUCUUGUCUUAUUUUAUUAUUGCGAUCUUGUCAAUCUCAAGGCCUCCCCUGACGAAACGGUCGCUCAGCUGACCAAGAUGGCGGACAAAUAUGGCAUAAUCAAGGACCUCGACCUCCGCAAGGAACUGCUCACCGAGAUAGAGAUCUACAUUCACUGGGUAAUGAUGUACCUCACAUCGAAUGUCUCAGCUUUCGCUCCUCCGACCGCCCUUUCCGCAAGUCUUACAACCAAGCUAGAAUUCGAAAAGGGCAUCCAAAUGAGUAGACUUCUCACCAUCAGUCGGGAGCAGUUCGAGCUUGACAAAAUCAAGGGAGACUAA